AUGACGUCAGUCGAAGACUUACGUGCUCAGAACCACGAAACCGUGGAAAAAUAUCUUCACCACCUUUGCGACUCUCCGCUCAUGGCUUUGAAUCUUCUUCAUGAUGACGCCUGCAAGGAGCUCACAUUUGCGACCUUUCCGAUGUCAUUCAAACCGGACAAUGUGCACCCUAUCAGUUACCAUGGCAAAGAGAUUCUUAGAGAGAACUUUGAGUUCAAUAACAAGUGCUUCAAGGGGGAUUUAAAGAAUAGGAAGGUGUAUUCCACACAAGACCCGAACAAAUUCUUCCUUGAAGCCGAAUUGGAUGGCACGUAUAUACUUGAUGACAAGGUCUGGCCUUAUAUACAGCCUUAUUACAUCAUGGUGAUUGAGUUGAGAGAUGGUUUAAUUAUGCGUCUUCGAGAAGUGUUUAACCCACUUCAACUCCUCAAGACAGCUGGUACAAGCAACCCGGACGCCCUCCUCGAGCGUCAUCGACCCAUUUCGCAGUAA